AUGGGGGCUGAGUUCUUUAAAGGGGCUAUUGACCCUAAAGAUGCUCUGGACUGGAUCAAGGAGAUGGAACGAAUCUUUAACCUCCUUGAGUGUCCUGAUGAAGCAAGAGUGGAGUAUAUGUACUACCUGCUCAAGUCUGAUGCUUAUGACUGGUUGUUGACCGUACCCGGAGCUCAGGAUCGUACAAUUCAGUAUACCUGGGCGGAAUUUCUUGAGAAAUUCCGUAAGCAAUAUGUGCCUGAUCUGUAUGUGGAUAGGAAGAAGAAAGAGUUUCUGGACCUGAAACAACAAAGGGGGCAGACUGUUAAAGAGUAUGAUGCCAUUUUCCAUCGUUUGAUGACCUUCGCGAUGGAGUUGGUACCUACUGAACGAGCUAGAUGCAACCGCUAUGAGCAAGGCCUGAAUCCCCAGAUCAAGAUGAUAGUAGCAAAAUCAGAGACGAAUGAUCUUGCCACCUUGAGAGAGGCUGCCAUGAGAGCAGAGGAUUUGGUGAAUGAAUUGGGAGCACAGAUGGCUGAAGGAGGGAAGAGGAAGUGGAAGAACGUGGGUUCCUCGAGUGCUGGGAACUCAUUCGGGGGUAGACCUAAUCAGAGUCAGAAGGUUUCCCGUCCAAUCGCCAGUUACCCCGGACAGGAGCGAAGAAGUGCAGGCCCAGCUCCGAUUUGCCCACAUUGUGGGAAUCAGCAUAUGGGUGUUUGUAGGAGGGUGACUGGUGGGUGUUUCCGAUGUGGAGACACUAGCCACUUUCUCCGCGAUUGUCCCCUCAUGUCAGAGUCCAGGCCUGCUGGAUCCCAGACUACAAUUCAAGGGUCCAGAAGGACUGGAGGUCCAAUGAGAGGAUCAGGAAGAGGUGGUAAUAAUCGUGGCAAAAGUCAGGGUGGACAGAGCAGUCGGGGUGAAGUGCAGCCACGAGCCUUUGCUAUGACUAGGAGGGAGGCUGACAUCUCCCCAGAGGUCGUUACUGGUAAGGAGCAAGCCGGGGGCUCAUCCAAAGGCAAGGGCAUAGCCGAGUGA